AUGUUCCUGGCGGAGAGGGGCUACAACAGGUCUGUGGUCCAAUGCCGGGACAAGAUCAAGAAGCUUAGGACUCAGUACCAUCGCGUCCUCAGCCUAAGCAAGUCCGGCUCUUCCGCGGAGGAAAAGGAGAAUUUUUUGUGGUAUGAAGCUGUGGACGGAAUACUGGGCACCAAGCCAACCACCCGGCCAAAACUGUUGGAGUCAACUCGUCGUUUGCAACUGAUAAGUGCCGAACAAUCUACAGAGACCGAUACGAGCCUCGGAGAAGAAAGGGCAGUUACACUCCUGGAGAUGCCUGAACCAGCAGCAACGAGCACACCUGGUCCACGGCAGGCGACCAGCAGACCCAAGGCUGCUGAUAUGUCUGGGAAGAGGGUCCAGGAGCCUGCCUUUGAGGCCUUCAUGGAGACGCAAAGGAUGCUUGCAGACUUUCUGCAGGCGGAGGAGCGACGCCAUGUUGAAUUUAUGCAGAUGGAAGUGCGCUUCCGACAAGAAGACUCGAGCAGGACAGACAUGCGGCUCGAACGGAUGAUGCAGCAUCAAACAAAUUUGAUCCAGAUGCUGCUUGCCACACAAAAUGCCACCCCUCACCCAGUAAAUCACUUCCAACGAGGGGGGGCACCAGGACGGCAGUUUCACAAUUUGUAA